AUGGCUGCUAACAAAGUCGAAAUGUCUUUGGGUAAGGAUUUGGUAAUUCAAUCAUCUUUUAUUACCACCUAAAUUAAUGAGAUUUGUUUUUAGACGACAUUAUCAAGGGCACUCGUAAGGACAAGAAGGGGAAUGGCCCCGUCAAAAGAUCAGGAGGACCGAGAAAAGGACCAAUCAAGAAGGUUAGUUUUAAGUGAUCUUUUGUGUAAUAUAAUUUUCUUUGCAGAAAAGUUUCAAGCCAAAAGGAAACAACGCAGCUGCCAAAGUGACACCUGCUACAAAGAAAUUGGUGAAUGCACUUGUAAAGGUAUGCUUUUAUUACGUCGUUUCGAAUUUACAUUUGAGUUCAAGACUAAUUGGAGUUUAUUAUAGAAAGCUUUGGCGAAGCGGGGACUCAGAAAUGUCGACCAGAGCCCCAGGAAGACUUUUGUUCGCAAAGUGAAUCCCAGAUCCAGAGUAAUCAAGAAGAGAACUGGAGGAGGUCAAACUGAGACCGUUGUUAUCAGAAAGAUUCAACGCCCAGUUCAGAAACCCCGAGUAAUCAGAGAAGUUAUCGUUGAGGAGCCUAGGAGACGUUUUGUUCGACCCGCCCAGCGAGUGAUUGAACAACGACCCCGUCAGAAAGUCGUCUAUGUACAGCAACAACAGCCUCAGCGACGUCGAUUCAACAACUCAAGACGAAGAACCGAUCCCUUCUAUGAGCCUGCCAAUUAUCUCCAACGGAUCUGA